GUCAGACCUGGUGGACCCUCCAUGACGACCUAGAUGUGAGAGCUACAAACACAGCCUUCUUCCCUCUACAAGCUUCAAUUGCUGCUUCAUCAAGCUAUAAAUCGCACGCUUCUUCCAAGUCAACUCUUCAACCUCACUAACACAACGGAUCAACCACUCAACUUGCCAUUCUUCAAACUACGCACUCUCUCCCUCGCCAUCCUCGUCUUCCUCAUGGCCUUCACAAUGCCCAGCUUCAUCUCCCGGCUCACACGCCCCUUCACAACCACCACCCGACUCGGUCUAAACCCCGAAUCCUCAAUCGCCUCUCCAGAAGGCGCUCAGAAAGCUACCAUCGCCGCAGGAUGUUUCUGGGGCGUCGAGCACAUGUAUCGCAAGGAGUUCAAUGGGAAGGGAUUAUAUGAUGCGAGAGUAGGAUAUAUUGGAGGUAAUACUGAUAGUCCGAGUUAUCGCGCCGUGUGCUCGGGACGCACUGGCCAUGCCGAAGCCCUCCAAGUAACCUUCGACCCCGCACAAGUAACCUACCGCCAACUCCUCGAAUACUUCUACAAGAUGCACGACCCCACAACGUCCAACCGCCAAGGCCCAGAUACGGGAUCACAGUAUAGGUCAGGGAUCUUCUAUCAUAAUGCGGAGCAAGAGACAAUUGCAAGGGAGGUGACGGAGAAGGCGAAUGAGAAAUGGUGGAAGGGGAAGAUUGUUACGGAGAUCUUGCCGGCGGGUGAGUGGUGGGAUGCAGAGGAUUAUCAUCAGAAGUAUUUGGAUAACAAUCCGGGGGGGUAUGAAUGUCCAAGUCACUUUUUGAGGAGUUUUCCACCGCUAGAUUAG